ACAUCUCGCCUCUUGGACAAUGCGCGCGGGCGCCUGGUGAACACGACGAAGAACGGACCUUUAUCCAACUGACUGUGUCUGGACUACAGGGUCGCAAUGAAUAUGACUGCUGCUGAUUCAGUUUGGCUGCUGAUUGGAUUGCUGGCAAGUUUUUGUGCGGAGAGCAUGGAACAUGGUGGAUGGACCGACGUCCAGGAACCAGAUGGGCCAGAACUCCGCGCUCUAGCGGAAUAUGCCUACCGCCAGGAGUGCUGGUGUCCUUACCGCUUGAAAGUACGCGUUAUCUCUGCCAGAAAGCAGAAAGAAAAACAAAUAUAGGAUGCCAAGGCCAGAAGCAGAAAGGUCGUUGCGGGAACAAGGUAUUUGUUGUCAUUCAGUGUCAAGAGAUGGCGCAAGAAAAUGGAGAAGUGUACUACCCUCAUUUGGGUACCUCCAGUGACAAAGCUACAAAAAAGAAAAGUAUCCAAGUUCAAAUGCGAUUGAAAGUCGCGGAAGAUGCCCUGGAAAACCUUAAAACAUGAUUUUAAAGUCUUGGACAAUUCUGGCCUUGGGAUAAAAUACGAAUAGUGCAUAUCUUCAAUAUAGGGAUGCCCUAUAAAUUAUUUGUCUUUAACUUGUAAUACACAUGAAACUAAACCAGU